AUGGCCAAAGAUCUCAUAAUUGUCGGGUUCUUUCUAUUUUUCCUCAGUUUGCUAUCAGUUUUUGGAGAUGACCAUGGAGAAGAUGAAUUAAUUUUUGUCUCAGCGGUGGGUUGUGCAAGUAUCAUUCUCAGUCUGUUGGGAAAAUAAUGAGUUGUCGAUAUUCCAAUCGCGCCGUUGAAGUGAAAAGCAAUUUGCUUUUGCCGCGACACAGUUCAUUAUCCCGACGGCGAUGCGAUUUUGGAUGCGACAUAAUGGCCAUUAUUUUCCCGACGGACUGAUAGACCUUCGUACGUCUAAGUUUCUGCCCGUUUCAGAUAUGGCGUCAUGGAGAAAGGUCGAUCCAUCGAGACUUCCCUUUUAAUCUGUAUAACGCAACGUUUUGGCCAAAUGGGAUAAACCAGUUGACGGAGGUAGGCCGUAAAUUUUACAUUUUUAAAGUAAUUCAUCUGUCAGUCUGUCGGGAAAAUAAUGUGGAUCCCUGGAAUCGCUCGUCAUCGUCUUCCGACGGCUAGACGCGGCUGAGGAUUUGAUGCGCGACUGCGAUAAAGCGAAAAAUUUUUCUGCGACAAAUCCACAUUAUUUUCCCGAAAGACUGAUAGUUACAUAAAGCAAGUGUUCACGAGAUCUUUAAACUUUAUUUAUCCGGUGCAAAACUAAGCAAAAAAAUUACGACAACUUGGCAGAUACAUGACAAAAAGGCGUUUUUCUUCCUGGCUUUUUGCGUGAUUCUUACCGACCAAUAUACAUAAAUAAUUCAUGUCUUGGCGGUCUCUGGAUGGCGUUGAUUGGAAAGUUCAGAAAUUGAGCAGUGGCGUAACGCAUAAAAAAAUACGACCCCACAAAAGAUACAAGCAUUUGACAAGCAAUAUUGUGAAAAUAUUGUGAGAAGCAAAGCACUUCACCUGUCUUCAGUCCGUCGGUAAAAUAAUGAGCACUCUGUUGCAUCGAAAAUCGCAUUAGUGCCUGGGUUGUAACAAAAUCAAAUUACUUUCACUUCAGCGACGCAAUUGGCACAGCGACAUUGUCCUCAUUAUUUUCCCGACAGUCUAGCCUACUCUAUUUAUUUAAUUUCUAUAGCAAUUGUUUGCCCUCAAACCGAAUUUCAAAUUGAAUAAAUCGCACACUUUCAGCGAGGAAUCCAACAACAACGAGAGCUCGGAAAAUUCCUCCGCAGCCGUUACAUGGAAGACAUCCAUUUCUUCCCGAAAUCAUAUUCAAAUACCUCAUUCCAAAUCGAAUCCACCAUGACUAAUCGAACACAACAAAGUGCUUUGCAUAAUCUGCAGGGUCUCUUCAACAACCACAGCCUGUCCAUGGCCCAUGUUCAUAUCUAUCAUCCCAGACUUGAAGACCAAAACAUUAUAGGGUACCCUUAUUUUGGGUCGUGUGAGUAUGCCGAUCAAUUGUGUAAAUAUUUGUACAAAACGCCGGCGGUUCAGGAGUUUGUUCAAAAUGUAAGAGAGCUGUGGAUCUUUCGUAUCUUUCGUCCAUGUGCUUCACAAUAGAAGGUGUUUCAAGUGCGGCGCUCAGCUUGGCAGAAUCAUAAACUUGUUUUUUUCUAGGAUAAUUGAAAUUCCUAGAUCUCGGUUUGUAGAAACGACCGGCAUUUUUUAGUCGAAAGUUGACAAAAAUGUGGCAUUUUUUAGCAAAUCUCGGCAAGAAAAACUUGACGCACUUGUUAUACCAUAUGCGGAAGGCACUGUUUUAAAGAUAAUUGUGCUAUUUUUCCGCGCGACACAGGCCAAGAAACGGCUAAAAAGCGUAUUUUCUCUGACCGCUCUCCGCGUUUCGUCUACUCUCUCGCCGAUUGUUCAAUGUCUCAACUGCCACUGCAAAGCGCGAGCUAAAACUUUCUGGAUUAGAUAUACGGCCUAUUCCAAAUAUGUGUGCAAAAUUAGCAGCCAAUCUGAGCGUCGCACUUGGGACUUUUACCCUGUAUAUGUUGAUAUGUACAUGUUUCGAGUCGACGCUUCAGCUAUUACACUAUCGUCCGUGCUGUCCGUCCGGAACAAUUGCAACUAAUGGCACGGAAUUGUAGCGUAUUUAGAGGUGGUUCCAACUGCUCUCUCCGAACUUUGACGACAUCCGAUAUCUCUUUGAUUUCGCCGAUCCACCCUAUGUGGAGGUAUGUUUUAGAAGUUUAUAUCAAAAUGUUAAUGACGAUUGCUUUUAGAAGCGAAAUUUCGGGUUGGAGUUGUCAUCGUUGUAUGAAGAUCAUUGGGACGAAAUCUUCGACAGCUACGUUCAAUCUUUCAAGCAUUUUUAUGGCGAUGGCAAGUUCGCAAGUUUAGUUAUUAUAAAGCCAUUUUUUUUUGUUUUUACCAUGACACACUUUCAGGUAUUCAUGACCCAAAGAUCUCGGAGAUCCGGCACAAACUAUUGCAGUAUAACAUUGGCCGGAUUAUCACCGAACUUUCCGAAAUCUUCAAAUUAAAAACAGUGUGCACUGAGCAUACUAGGUCGUCAGUUCCCGAUUGCGAGGCGAUAAACAGUUUGAAAUUCAAAGGAUACUCAAUGGUAAGACUCUAUCCAAAUAUUGAAGUCUGCAGUGAUGUAAAAAGUUUCAUAAACAGAAAUUAUCAAAUUGCCAAAGCUUUUGAUAAAUUAGCAGUCCGUCAGGAAAAUAACGAGCACUAUGACGCACGGCAUUCUGUACUUUUGGGACCCAACCGAUCUCCGCGACUUUUUCAAUUUUUUUCGGAACGCGCUUGCUUUUUCUCUUCAUAUUUCGCUAGCCGUUUGAGCUAGAGGGCUGAAGUUUGGUGCGGCAGUAGAGUAAACAGCUGGCUUUCAGAAAAUAUAAAUAUUGUAAGGAACCCCGAAAUAUAAACUUCCCGAUGAUAAUUCAAAGAAAAACCGUCAUGACGGUUUGCCGAUGCGUCGCUGAAGCGAAAAGCAAUUUGAUUUUGCCACGACACAAUCCAUUUUUUCGGUCGCGAUGUGAUUUUCAAUGGGACAGAGUGCUCAUUAUUUUCCAGACAGACGGAUAUACAACCCUAAGCGCCUUAAAGGUCUAUGCCAUAUUUUCAGCAUGACACAUAUGUUCUCGCCGCAUUACAAGCGCUAGGCUUUCACAAACUCGACUACAACAGAGAUGACAACGCCGAGAUGUCUGCUUGUCUUAUAUACGAGCUGUGGAGAGAGAGCGUUACCAGCAACACCUAUGUAAAGGUGUUUUACCGGCGCAGCAAGGACUUCUUUUAUCAUAUCACACCGGAGAUCAAUGGCUGCUCGAGGCGUGGCUGCAGUGUUGAGAGAAUAUUAGAGCUUUUCGCACCGUUCGUCAUAGAGGAUGCAGAGGAGGUAAGAGUUGGCGCUUUGGAACCAACUAUUAGUUUUAUAGAAAGGUUAAUUUUUCACGGUUGGCCAAGGCAACACCCAGUUUGGGAGAAAUUUUAGCUCGCUCUUUGCAGGCAAUGUCAUGAUAUUCAAAGGGUUUUGCCGGCAAGGUGAUACGUCAGACACGGUCAGAGACAAAAAAACUUUUACCAUAUCUCAACUAGUUUCGCAUGGAAAGCAUUCAUUUUUUGGAAGAAUUACCAGAAUAACUUUUGACGCAAAAAAUCAGCGUGGGUGUCGCCGAAAAAAUUCUGCGGACUUUACAACUAGUACUUGCAGUGCUUCCUCUGUCAUUCAAGAUCGCAAAAAAUGCCAAUCAUUUUGCUCGCAAAUCUUCGUAAACCUCAAUUUUCAGUACUGUGCGCAGCCAUUGUUCUGA